AGUUCUGUUAUAUUUAGAAUAAAAAUGGCGUUUACCUUUGCUGCGUUCUCCUACAUUAUUGCGCUAAUCGUUGACGCAUUCCUCAUAUUCUUCGCCAUUUUCCACAUAAUUGCUUUUGACGAAUUGAAGACAGAUUACAAGAAUCCAAUCGACCAGUGCGCUAGUCUGAACCCUCUUGUUCUGCCCGAGUAUAUUCUACAUCUGGUGUUCAACGUUCUCUUCGUGUUUGCCGGGGAGUGGUUCUCCCUUGCCAUCAACCUACCCCUCGUAGCCUACCAUAUUCACAGGUAUAUGCACCGUCCUGUGAUGAGUGGGCCUGGGCUCUACGACCCAACCUCUAUCAUGAACAUGGAUACACUCAACAAGUGUCAGAGAGAAGGAUGGAUCAAACUCGCCUUCUACCUCCUCGCAUUCUUCUACUAUCUAUACGGGAUGAUCUACUCCUUAAUCUCAAACAACUAGACGUACUUCGAUCUCCAGGAGAACCUGGACCUCCAAGACCUAUACUCAGACCCAUCCAUCUUCCCCUCACAAAUAGUCUCUACUCUCAAGCCUCAUCCGUGUUACAUAUUUAAAAAAAAAAUAUUUUAUCCAUUUUAAUUAUUUUAUUUCAAACCCCGUAAAGUAAUUUGAAUUUACUUUGAAUGCCACUUUCGAAAAAUUAUUUUUAAAAAUUAUCAAAAUUUCGACAAGAAAUUCCUUCAGUGGUUUUGAAGAAUUGAUUUUCUACAUGUCCUUGUUUGAGUCCUAGUAGCGUUUAUUUAUUUUAGGCAUUAAAAUAAUCCAGAAGAUGUUUUCCAUCUGCGGUUUUAUAUAGAGAUAUUAUUCUGAUAUUAAUUUUAAAUUUUUCCAUUUAGUUAACUAAUUUAUACUUUAAACAGUACACUGUACUUUGUAGCCAGCACAGUUUUGAUGUGAAUGUACAUUGUAAUGUGCAUGAAUAUGUAGUUUCUAUGUAUAUUGUACAGUACACUGUACUUUGUAGCCAGCACAGUUUUGAUGUAAUAGUAUGUUGUAAUGUGCAUGAAUAUGUAGUAUCUAUGUACAUUGUACAGUACACGGUUGGAGUUAUGUAAAUCACAAUGCAUUGUUCAAUGAAAUGUACCAAGCCAUUUUUCCAGUUUGUAGUUGUACUUUGUAUUUUCCAGAUUUUAGUAUUUAUGUACCGCACUGCACGUUUAUAAAUGAUUUUUGAUUUA